UUUAAAAAAUAAUUAUGUACCCAUAGAGGCAGUCUUUUAAGAGCCGUCCUGCUAAUUUUUCUUUUUCCUUUUUCAACUCCCCGGCUACUCCCCCCUCCUGAGACUUGCAGUAGCAGGCGAAAACCCUAGAUCAAGCCCGGUUCAAGUCACAGUCCAUUCGACAUGACCCAAGACGUAGAGAUGAAGGAGCUCCCAGCUCCCUCUAAUUCCGCCCCUUCGUCUCCUCCCUCGACUCUACACCAUUUGAAGGAGAUUGCGUCUCUCAUUGAGACCGGUGCGUAUGCCCGGGAGGUUCGACGCAUUGUGCGAGUGGUCCGGCUCACCAUGGCGCUGAGGCGGAGACUGAAUGCGCCGGUGCUCUCUGCGUUCCUCAGUUUCGCUGUCGCCCCUGGAUCUGAGUUGCAUGGUCGGUUGUCCUCUUAUCUUCCUAAGGAGGAUGAACAUGAGAUGGAUGUUGACACUGCAACAUCCACAACUCAAAUUUCUGGGAAACAUUCACCGCCAGAGCUGGAGAUUUACUGCUAUCUACUUGUCCUGAUAUUUCUGAUUGAUCAGAAGAGAUACAAUGAGGCUAAAGCUUGUGCCUCAGCAAGUAUUGCUCGAGUGAAGAAUCUGAAUAGGAGAACUGUAGAUGUUCUAGCAUCCAGGCUCUACUUCUAUUAUUCUCUUUGCUAUGAGCUCACUGGAGAUCUUGCUGAAAUUAGAGGUAAUCUCCUUGCUCUUCACCGAAUUGCAACCUUGCGCCAUGACGAGUUGGGUCAGGAAACACUUCUUAACCUGCUUCUUCGCAACUAUCUUCAUUACAAUUUAUAUGAUCAAGCGGAGAAGCUUAGGUCAAAGGCACCUCGAUUUGAAGCCCAUUCAAAUCAGCAGUUCUGCCGCUACCUCUUUUACCUAGGAAAGAUCAGGACAAUUCAGUUGGAGUAUACAGACGCAAAAGAAUCCCUCCUGCAAGCUGCUCGGAAAGCCCCUGUUGCAGCACUUGGUUUUCGUGUUCAAUGCAACAAAUGGGCGGUCAUUGUUCGCUUACUGCUUGGGGAAAUCCCAGAGAGGACUGUGUUUAUGCAGAAAGGCAUGGAGAAGGCUUUAAGGCCAUACUUUGAAUUGACAAAUGCUGUACGAAUUGGUGAUCUGGAGCUUUUCAGAAAUGUUGCUGAGAAGUUCUCAAGUACUUUCAAUUUAGAUCGGACCCAUAAUUUGAUUGUUAGGCUGCGGCACAAUGUCAUAAGGACUGGGCUGCGCAACAUCAGUAUAUCUUACUCCCGGAUCUCUCUGGCUGAUGUUGCAAAGAAGUUGAGAUUGGAUUCUGCAAACCCUGUUGCUGAUGCUGAGAGUAUUGUAUCAAAGGCUAUCCGAGAUGGUGCAAUUGAUGCCACAAUAGAUCAUGCAAAUGGAUGGAUGGUUUCGAAGGAGACGGGGGACAUCUACUCUACAAACGAACCUCAAAUUGCAUUUAACUCUAGGAUUGCUUUCUGCCUCAAUAUGCAUAAUGAGGGAGUGCGUGCUCUUCGAUUUCCACCAAAUUCUCAUAAAGAGAAAGAAAGUGCAGAGAAGAGGAGGGAGAGACAACAGCAGGAGCAAGAGCUUGCAAAGCACAUUGCCGAAGAGGAUGAUGAUGAGUUUUGAUUACCUAGCACUUUCAUGCUUUAUGCAAUGAUUUCCAUCAAGUUCUCCAUAUCCUGAACAUCCCCUGGGAAGUCUAGCAGGAUGCUCUCUUUUACUGUGUUUUGUUUUUACUAUCAUCAGCCUUUCCUUUCACUCUAUGGUAUGUGAUAGGUUUAUUGCUUCAAAUCAGCGACUGCUUUUUGACGAUAUUGAAGUAUACUCUGAAGUUCCAUCUGUUUCUCUUGAACACUUUGUUGUUAAUGGAAGUGACAAAGUGAAUGCUCUCUCUA